CGACCAGAUAAAACGCGCACGCGCUAAUCAGCGGUGUGUGCAUAAUGGGCUUUGAUAAGAUGUGCGAACGAUUUACGGGUCGUUUAUGGGGGUCAAUUAUGGUGUUUGUCCCCUAAUUAUGGACGAUAAUGAUCGAUUACUACCGGUACUAGUGGCGUAAGAGCAGUUAAAGUUAUGCUCAAUUGGUUUGUUUGUUUUAUUUUAAUUGUUAACGACGAUUUUAGCAGUACUUCAAAAAUAAACAGUUACUUUUGUUUGUUGCGGUUGUGGGUAAUUUAAGUUAUAAUUACAAUUAACUGGAAUUAGAAGUCUCAUUUGAUUGCUCCCGCCCACUACAAAUGUUUUCACACUAUUUUUUUCAUCGGCAACUAUAACUUUACAGUACUGACACUUAAUUUAUUCAGAUCAAAUAGUUUCUUUCGUAUUUACGGAAUACGCUAAUAACACCUAAAUACCUGCAACACAUUUUUCUUUAGUUUUUGUGCAUGACAGAAUGAUUAGGUCUAAGAAACGACCAGUCCCUGUCUCUGGCAAAUCUGUGAUAACUAAUUUCUUGGUCAGGAUUAAUAAUGAACCGUUGCUGUCAGAGAGUUCACUAAGUGAACGUGAAAGUGUCCAGGACGUAGCAAGUGAUCAUGAGACUUCCCAACCACUAACAAAGCGGUCCAAGCAGCGUGCCAGUGGGUUCGAUAGUAGUUGGAAGCAAGAUUUUCCAUGGGUCACAGAAGUUGAAGGAGGUAUGAUGUGCUCUUUGUGCAUUCGUCACAUGUGCAGACCUGCGGGUUCAGCAAUCGGUAGUGCCCCAUGGGUAGAUGUGCCUUGCACUUGGAUAGCAAGGGACUCACUUAAUCGCCAUCAGAGGACAGAGACCAACUCCCAGGCCAAACUUCUGGAGGCAAACCGCCGGCUCCAAGAAAUCUGGUGGGGCAGCUUGAAGAGAUGGGCUCUCUACAGAAAAGUGCUAGGAUCGCAGCAUUCAAGAAUUUGUACUGGUUGAUGAAGCAGGAAGUUCCUCACACAACAAACUACCUCCCUCUUAAUGAUCUUGUGAAGCUCCAAGGCUGCUUCAUCCUGGGUCAGAACAACAAAGGUGAAUCUCAGCGCUUUGUACAGGAAGCGGUUCUGGCCAUGGGCAACAUCAUUCGGCAGGACAUCCUGACCCAGGCCAUCGACUCCCCAUGGUACACCAUCAUGGUGGAUGAGACAACAGAUAUAUCUGUUAUCAGUGAGAUGAUAGUAUAUAUAAGGUUCCUGAAAGAUGGCAGGAGCCAGACAAGAUUCCUGUCAAUACUGCCACUAAACGACUGCAAGGCAGAGACCAUAACUACAAGUCUCACAACACACCUUAGAGAGCUUGAGGCAGUAGACUUCGGGAAAAUGGUGGAUGCCUGGCACCAGGAGAAGCCUCGCAGACCAGUGUUUUGAACAUGUUAUAUGUGACUGUAUUGUUGUUGUUUUUCAAUCAUGUUUUGCUUGCUAAUGUCUACUGUUAUUCUGCUUUUUAUUUAAUAUUUAAAUACAUGACUUGAAUGAAAUAAAUUCAGGACAAAUAAAUAAAUAAAAAAAAGAGAAAAUGUUGUGUUUUAGAAGCUCCCAAGUAGGGUAGAUUUUGAUUUAGAACAGUUAAAAACAAUAAAAAAGAUCGACACGCGGAAUGGGGCAAGCCCCCUUACCCACCAACUCCCGUCCACGCUGUCUUCCCGCUGUGCCUGCCCAAAUUCCUGGGGAAA